AUGAUUAUUAUUGCGCUUGUAUGUUUAGUGCCCCAUCUGAACACUCCAAUGUACUUUUUCCUGUGCAACUUGUCUGUCCAAGAUAUUGUCUAUGUUACUGCCGUCAUUCCAAAAUUUCUGGCCAUCACUAUAACAGGUGACAACAGCAUUUCUUUCCAAGGCUGUAUGACUCAGAUGUAUCUAUAUGCAUUAUGUGUUAUGGUGGAAUUUCUCCUCCUGACCUCCAUGGCUUAUGAUCGCUAUGUAGCCAUCUGUAUCCCCAUGCGCUACUCUCUCAUCAUGAAGAAAAGUGUAUGUGUUCUUCUUGCCUCUGUUUCUUGGUUCAUCGGUGCCACAGUUUCAUUCUUGUAUUGUUGGCUUGUAGUUCAUUUACUGUUCUGUGAUCAUCAAGAAAUUAACCAUUUUGUUUGUGACCUGAAAGCCAUUCUGAAGCUUUCUUGCAGUGACACUACAAACAUUAAAUUUGUAAUAUUGAUGGUAUGUGUGUUCAUUGGGUUCCUACCCUUUGAUUUCAUUUUGAUCUCCUACGGAAACAUUAUAUAUUCUGUCUUAAAGAUCCGUACUUCAGCAGGGAAACUCAAGAUCUUCUCCAGCUGUGGAUCCCAUCUCACAGUUGUGGUUCUGUUCUGUGGGACAACUUUAGUUUUGUACAUGAAGCCAGAUUCUGAGAAUUCCCAAGAAAUAGAUAAGCUAUUCUCUCUACUGUACGUGGCUGUCACCCCACUGCUUAAUCCAUUAGUGUAUAGCUUGAGGAACAAAGAUAUUAUUAAUGCAAUUAAAUUUAUCAUGAAACUAUUAUAA